AUGAGGAGGGAUCACACGGAUGGCAAUAGCGACAGGAUAGAGAGCAGUGGUAAUAGUGAAAAUAGCCAAAAGAGUGUAAACCGUGGAAUCGAUGACGAUAGUAAAAAAGUCGGUAGCGAUUUCGAGAUCCAACAGCUUUCAAAUAAUGAAACAAAAAGUGUACAACUUCCAUCAAUAACCCCGCUGAAAAAAAGUCCAACUUUGAGUCUGAACUCGCCGCAUAUCUCGAAUUCGACAUCAACUUUACAUAAUUCCGCGCUGGAGAAUCAUUCGCCACUGCCGCGACAACUACAGAGAAAAUCCUCCUCUUAUCAUACACAUCACCAUUCAAACAAUGAAAAACAACGAGAAAGCAACAGUAUUCAGCCAUAUUACCUACAAGCACAGAAGCAAGAAGUUGACAUGGAAGAACAAGUCAAUGAUAUAGAUAAAGCUGUUAUUGUCAAACUGCGGCUACCGAAACGAUAUUUCUGCAAAACUUGCAAUCAGGGAUUUACAAGAAAACACAAUAUGGUAAGUCACGAACUAAUUCACUCCUCCCUGAAACCACACAUUUGCACUGCUUGUAAUUUGAAAUUCAGAAGAAUUCAUGACUUGAAAAGGCACGAGAAACUACAUACUGGAGAAAAGCCAUUUUCGUGUGACAAAUGCUCAAGAAGAUUUGCGAGACCAGAUGCGUUAACAAGACAUCAAAAUUCUGCUAAUGCAUGUACAGGCGCCGUCGUCACCUCCGCCGCUGCCAACACGACUAACUUUACUGACGACUCCUCUAUUUUACAAAGGCCAGCUUUAACUGUGAAUCAACAAGCAGGAGAAGAUUUAAGUGGUAGCUCGUUAUCUUCUAAUAAUGACGAAUUCAGCUCAAGUGGUAAUAGCUCCGCUUCCACUGGACACUCGGCGAACUCACUGGCAAACCUAGCUAGCAUACCAACACUAAAAAAACUUGGUAUCUCGACAUCGAAUUUGCAAUUAGAAUCUAAAAAAUUUGGAAAUCAGCGACAUAAUAGCAAUCCGCCAACCACCACCAUCACUACUACUACUAAUACUACUACUGAUACUUUACCAGUUCGAAGAAACUCAUUUCCACAUAAACUUCCCUCAAUCAAUAAUACCUCAGAAAUCUCCCAGCAUCAGAUUCUUCCCCUACCAUUCCAUCUGUUUUCUCCCAAUAAUAUACAAAACUCUUUGCAGACCUCGUCUCAGUCCCAGCGGCAGUCACAGCAGCAGUCACAGCAGCCACAGCAAUCUCAACAGUCUCAUCAGUCUCAUCAGUCUCCACCACCACCACCGCAACAGCAGCUACAUCCUCCACCAUUUCCACCACUUGCACUAUCGAUAUUGAAUAAUUCUUCAAUUCAGCUACGACAUAGUAAACAUUCAGGUCGUACUGAUCAGUACCAAGGACAAGUGCCAUAUCCAUCGCAACCAAUAAAUUUUCCAACUAGACCCCCACCAGCGCCGCCGCCACCAAUGCCCCCACAACAACAACAACAGCAGCAGCAGCAACAACAACAACAACAGCAGCAGCAACAACAACAACAGCAACAGCAACAGCAACAGCAACAGCAACAGCAACAGCAACAGCAACAGCAGCAACAGCAACAACAACAACAACAACAACAACAACAACAACAACAACAACAACAAGCAUCAGGACAACAAACUUCUGGUUUACUGUCACUUCCUUUGAUAACCAGCUCAAACAAUAAAGAAAACUCGUCACAUCCUAUUAUUCCUCCACAUCAACAUCAUCAUCGUUAUCAGCACCAACACCAGCUACAUAAUAAUCUACACUAUACCAAUAACUCUGAAACUCGAAACUCGGUUCAAGCAUUAUUAUUACCACCACCGUAUUUUACACCAAAUGCGCAAGGAUUAAGAGAAGUUCAGUCAUCGAAUGCCCCGCCUCCGCCUCCUUCAUAUCAACAGGAUAUUCGACAUAUCAUGAGGAAUACAUUCAAACUGAAUGACCGAGAUAUUUCAAUGCAACAGCGAGAGAACAAUAACUUGCCAGGACAGCCAGAGAACAAUAACUUGCCAGGACAGCCAGAGAACAAAAACUUGCCAGGGCAGCCAGAUGGUGGGUAUACUCGACGCCCCUCAUCAUCGAUUACAGGGCCAAAUAAUGAACAACAACAAAAACCACCUCAUCAAGAUGGUCGUGUGGCGCAACUAAAUCGAAAUAUGGCAGUAAGGUCCGAUGUCGGUAUUCGAGGCGUAAGCACAAAGGAAGAUUUACAACAAAAAGAAACAUAUAUCCCACUAUCACAAUAUCAAACGCUAGUCGAGUAUACCAAUUCAUUACAGGAUAAUUUGAAUCAUCUAUAUACUAAAAUUGCUAAUUUGGAGAAUAAUUUAGAGAAAAGCCUGCCGAAAUAG